AUGGACGAUUCAUUGAUAGUCCGACGACUGGGAACUGCCAGUAUUCGUCCUGAUUCUACUGAAAUGGUAAAGUCAGUUCUCAAUACGUGUUCUGUUAUCCUAAAUGGGAGUAUUGAGACAGAGCCUUUAAUAUUAACGGAUUAUAUAAAUUCUGGAAAAAUUGCAAUAGGGAAAGAAAUGAGCAAAGUAGACUCAUUUCUUGGUGAAAUCGAAAGCUAUUCCGGUUUUUUCAGAGUCAGUGAUGAUUGUGUUCGAAAUAUGUUUUUUUGGUAUUUUCCUGCACAAGUAAGACCUGCGCCUUUGUUAGUUUGGCUCCAGGGUGGUCCAGGGGCUGCUUCAUUGUACGGACUUUUUGUAGAAAAUGGUCCUUAUUAUUUGGACUCGGACAAUAACAAUUUUAGGUCGGAGUUGGAUUUAGUUUUUCUGAAAGUGAAUGUUAUCUUACAACCGAAGAACAAAUUAAUGAGACAAUUUUAUGUAAUAUUUACUAAUUUGCGAUCAAACCCACUUUACAUCACAGGAGAGUCUUAUGCAGGUAAAUAUGUCCCGGCCAUGGUGUAUGCAAUUGACCAAUACAACCAAAAUAACCCCACACCAAUCAACCUUGUCGGAAUGGCUAUUGGAGAUGGCCUUUGUGAUCCUUAUAAUACUCUUUUUUUCUCUGGACAAUUAGACAUAAUUGUGCCCUUCCAAAUGACUUCAGCAUUCUUGAGAAAUUUAGAAUGGGAGGGCAAAGAAAAUUUUUUUCGUGCUUCGCAGCAACGUUGGUAUUCAAAAACUGGAAGAGUAAACGGCUAUUACUUAUCUUCUCAAAAUUUGAUGCAGUUAGUUGUCAGAAACGCUGGACACAUGGUUCCUAUGGAUCAGCCUGAAGCGGCAUUGGAAAUGUUGAGGUUAUUUAUUUACGAAUUUUAAUUAAUUUUCUGCACUUUGGUAUUU